AUGGCUCGCCACGGAGAUACCCGCUCACCAUCACCUGUAGGCAGCACACUUUCUUCAUCCCGACGGCCUCGCAGAGAGGAUGAUCGCUAUGACAGAACCAGGCGGGAUGAUGGGCGCAGUUACCGCAGAUCCCGCAGCCCAGAGAGACGGUACCGUGGGCGCGACCGCCCUCGCGAUAGAGAUGCAUAUCGACGACGAGACCUCCCCAUAGACCGGCGCGACGAAGAUACUUAUCGGCCAGCUCGAAGAGACCGAUCCCGAGAACGGCGACGAGAUGACGACCAUGAUCUCCGCCGCAGAAGUCGUGAUAGGGAUUACCGUUCCAGGCGAGAUGACUCCCGGAAUCGGGACCGCAGGCGGAUAGAUGAUUCUGCUGACUUGAAGCCCAAGUCUAGACGGGAUGACAGCCGUGAUGGUGCUCCGAGCCGACGGUCCAGGUCCAUAACCCGAGAGCCAUCAAAGCCGUCCACCCCGGCACCCACUACCCAGACAGACGAGCAGAAGAAAGCAGAGAGACUUGCCAAGCUUGAAGCAUGGAAACAGAAGCAGGCGGCCGAACGCGAAAAGAAGCAAAAAGAACAGGCAUCAGUUGAUCCCAAAAAGAUCCUCGAAGCGAUUGACCGUAAAUCGGUUGUCUCUCCAGGUCCUACCGCAUUUCCCGGAAAGUUGAAGUUUGAUCCAAAGGCCAUCGUCAAAUCAUCAACCACGACCACCGCUGCUCCCGCCGUGCUUGGUACCGAUGUUGCCGUCCCGACGUCUGUCAAAGUUGCGUCUGUGACAAAAUCCAAUAUACCUAGUGCUGCGCCCGCCACGCUCUCUGGUCCCUUGAAAGCCAAAGGUAAUGUCAGCGGAUUUGGCCUGGGUGCGAAACAAGUUUCUGAAACAGAGAAACCCUCUGCUUCUAAUACUCUGGGCUUUGGAGAUGGAGACGAGGGAUCCACGCGCAAGAAACUAGAAAAAUUACCGACCACGCCUCUCGAUGUGAGUGCACAGGUGGACGAUGCUGGGGAAGAUGAUGAUGUAGACAUGCAAGUUGAAGGAACGGAAGAACACGCAGCAGCCGAAGCGCGUGCCGCAACUGAACGCCGCGAUACACGACUCCAAAAUGAAAAUGGUGAUGUCCAUAUGGAGGAGUCAACGAACACCCAGGCCGAUUCUACCCCCAUGGAGGUUGACGAAGCCGAAGAAGUCGAUCCCCUCGAUGCUUUCAUGGCUGAACUCCAAGGCUCAACACCGCCUGAACGGACAGUUGGGGCCACCUUUGCUAAGAAGAACACACAGCAACAACCCGAGGCGAUGUUUGGCGACGAUGAGGAUGUGGAUGUGACUGCAGUUGGUGACGAGAAGGCUGAAGAUGUCCUCGCCCUGGCGGCAAUCAAAAAGAAGAAGCGGGAGAUGCCUGAUAUCGACCAUGCCAAGAUUGAGUACGAGCCGUUCCGCAAGCAAUUUUACACCGAACCGUCCAACCUUGCCGAGAUGACCGAGGAGGAGGUGGCAAACUUGCGACUUGAACUGGAUGGCAUCAAGGUCCGCGGUCGCGACGUCCCUAAGCCUGUUCAAAAGUGGUCACAAUGCGGUUUGGGCGUUCAGACAUUAGAUGUUGUUCACAAACUCGGGUGGGAAACCCUUACCUCCAUCCAAGCGCAAGCAAUCCCCACGAUCAUGUCAGGUCGCGAUGUCAUCGGCGUGGCAAAAACUGGCUCAGGAAAGACCGGUGCUUUCCUGGUUCCCAUGUUCCGACAUAUCAAAGACCAACGGCCCUUGGCUAGUACGGAUGGCCCCAUCAGUAUGAUCUUGUCACCCACCCGUGAACUCGCCACCCAAAUCCAUAAAGACUGCAAGCCUUUCUUGAAGGCCCUGGGUCUUCGUGCUGUCUGCGCGUAUGGCGGAGCCCCGAUCAAAGACCAAAUUGCCGAGCUGAAACGAGGUGCGGAAAUUAUUGUAUGCACUGCUGGUCGCCUCAUCGAUCUGCUGGCCGCAAACCAAGGACGUGUCCUCAAUCUACGCCGUAUCACGUAUGUCGUCCUAGAUGAGGGAGACCGCAUGUUCGAUAUGGGCUUUGGCCCACAAGUUGUGAAGAUCAUGGCUAGCAUCCGACCAGACAGGCAGACUGUCCUUUUUUCGGCCACGUUUCCUAAGAGUAUGGAAGCUUUGGCACGGAAAACCUUGAACGAGCCAGUGGAGAUCACUGUGGGUGGCAGGAGUGUUGUGGCUCCCGAAAUCACGCAAAUUGUUGAGGUCCGUAAUAACGAUCAGAAGUUCUUCCGCCUGUUGGAGCUCCUCGGAAAUCUGUACGAAGACGACGCGAAUGAAGAUUAUCGCACGUUGAUUUUUGUGGACCGGCAAGAGGCCGCAGAUGACUUGCUCAAGCAGUUGAUGUAUAAAGGUUAUCCAUGCAUGUCGAUUCACGGCGGAAAAGACCAGAUUGAUCGUGACAGCACGAUUCAAGAAUUCAAGGCCGGCAUUUUCCCUAUCCUGGUCGCAACGUCAGUUGCUGCUCGUGGGUUAGAUGUCAAGCAGCUCAAGCUCGUCGUCAACUAUGAUGCACCUAAUCACCUGGAGGAUUAUGUCCAUCGUGCCGGCCGCACUGGACGUGCUGGCAACACCGGAACCGCCGUCACGUUCGUCACCGAAGAACAGGAUCGUUAUGCAUUGGAUAUUGCAAAAGCUCUCAAACAAAGUGGACAGGAAGUCCCCGAGCCUCUCCAAAAGUUGGUUGAUGGGUUCAAUGAGAAGGUCAAGUCUGGCAAGGAGAAGAAUUUCUCGCGCCAUGGAUUUGGUGGUAAGGGUCUGGACCGUCUUAAUAUGGAACGUGAAACUGCGCGACAGCGUGAGCGGAAAGCAUACAAAACCGGUGAUGACGAUGAGGAGGAGGAUAAACUUGAGACUGAGCAGGAGUCAGAUGAUCGAUUCAACAAGGCUCUUUCAGCUGUCAGAUCCGCUGCUGACCCGGCUGUUGCACCAGCUACACCUUCAGUUUCUAUGCCGGGUGUGCCGAAGGGCAUUGAUCUUGAUGGCAAGAUCGUCGUUCAUCGUACAGAGAGAGCGCCGGCGAAUGCUUCAAAGAACCCGUUGGAUAAGGUGGGCUCCGCCGUUGCGGAUAUCCACGCACGUUUGAGUCGUGCAGGUGUGAUGAGAUCUGGUGUGCCUAUUGAUAACCGCGGCCCUGAUGCCGGAGCUUUCCAUGCAACGUUGGAAAUCAAUGACUUCCCUCAAAAAGCACGUUGGGCCGUUACAAACCGCACGAACGUGGCAAAGAUCCUGGAAGCAUCCGGAACCUCCAUCACCACCAAGGGCAAUUUCUACGCCGCCGGGAAGGAACCCGCUCCCGGGGAGCUUCCCAAGCUGUACAUUCUGGUUGAGGGUGAGACGGAGAUUUCAGUCACCACCGCCAUCCAUGAGCUUAGACGCCUACUCAAGGACGCAACACUCGCCGCCUCAGAGGGUGAGGCGCGCGCCCCGGUGGGUGGCCGUUACAAUGUUCUUUAG